GUUGAAUUGCAUCGAAUUGCUUCAGUAUAGCUGUAUUACUUGUUUACGAAUCAUAUGCAAGAGAUUAAAGCACUUGUCUCGUCACUAAAAUGUGCCUGCAAUGUUACAGCCAUUACUCGGAAAAAGCAAAUCAUGAUCACAAAGAGUCGCUACUGCAAACACAAAGGAAGCACAGAUCCUACCACAUUGGAUUUGUCUGUAGAUACAAAAAGAAAGGCACCAGUAGUUUAUACUCAGCGUGCAAUCGUGUAUAGACUCAUGGCGGCUGCUGGCGCCAUCGAUUGCUACUGACCAAAUCUCUUUACACUCUUCGUGAGCCAAUCAUGCGUUUAAAUUCGAUACAAUGCAUAUCGGACGGCCCGACGGUUCGAACCGAGUAAUGUCUAACAACACAAUACUCAGACAUAUGCAACGUUUUAUCUUUGAUAUUGACUUUGCAGAACUUCUUUUUUGAUAUUUCGCGUCGCAAUUUACGGUGGAAGGCACCAUUUGGACCGCCAUGAGAAUCAAAAGUAGAUAUCAACGAUAGAGACCGCAUUGAUGAAUAAUACCCUGGACAACUGUUAUUCUUUUUUAGUUCACCGGGCUUGAAGCCUUUUCACCUUCCCUUCCUGCAUAAUCACUUCUGGGCGACUAAUCUUUUACAUAUAAUCUAGAGCACGCUGGAAGAGUGUGAGUGAUUUUUGUGCACGUUAGAAUGGCUAAUUUUAAUUUCAUCAAAACGAAUGAUGAAAUGAUUUUUCUCGCUCUAGACACACAUUACACGUGUGUAAUCACUUACCACUAUGGAGUGAGGCAUAGCUUGCUUACAUAAAAAGAUGGGAACAAACGCGCGGUAAACUUUACGGCACUUGAAAGCUCUUUUUGAUUUCAUUCGUAGAAUAUAGAAAGGAGCAAAAAUCGAUUCUCAUGCGCAAAUGAAGUCUGCACAAAAAGCGCACAGACCUCGCAUAGCACCACAUCGAGUCAACUAUGUCUCUAAAACCAGAUAUUUUUGAAUAACUGUACCACCUUGCCCCUUAUUGGUCAGUCAUUC